AUACUACAAUGGGUAGUCCAGACUGGACAGGACAAUUGAAUGCAUAUACAGUACAUGACGCCCCGGUUGGGUAGACUUUAUGUUUAGUACACCUGAUCUAGAAACUCUUUAUUCAGAAACACAAUCAGGAAGAAAGACCAUCAAAAUUAUUAAAAAUCUAUACUACACUCUAGAAAGAAAGAACAAGAACAAAUUUUGGCAAUAUUGCAAGUUCUCUAAUUUUGAUUCAACACCCAAAAAAUCCCAAAUGUUGGAAUGAAGCGUAGAUCACGUCGAAGUGAUGAUGGAGGGGGCAGUAGUUCAUCAUCACACAGUAGUAAGAAAGAAAAGAGUAGAGGUAGCAGGGACAAGGAUCAGAGUAAGAGGUCAGAAGAUCAAGAGAUAGACGAACCAGAGGCCAGAGGGGAGGUCAACAAUGAGAAACUUAUGGUUGCCCUCCGUAUACGGCCCCUAAAACAAGAAGAGAUUUCCCGGGGUUACAGGGCUAUGGCUGAAAGGGUAGAUUCUAAGAUGGUCUUAUUGACAGAUCCUGGAUCAAGAAAGAAUGAUGUUCUCAGAAAAAACAGAAAUCCAGAGAGACAGUAUAUUUUUGAUAAGGCUUUUGGUCCGGAUUCUACCCAAGAGGAAGUUUACAACGAGACGACUAAACAUCUUGUACAAAAUGUGAUUGAAGGGUACAACGCUACUGUAUUCGCAUACGGAGCUACAGGUGGUGGGAAAACCUAUACUAUGGUUGGUACUCAAGAUCAACCAUUGUACUGGUAUGUAUAAUAUGGAUGUACUGUG